AUGAAUGCACCAGGGUUUGAUUGGUUGAAUGUGCCUUCAUCCGGCAAUAGCAGCGGAACAAAUUCACCUGCACCACCCGUGUCUUUUGGAUAUAAAUCAAGCGCAAGCUUGAGGAAUCGAAGCAGCGAGAAUAUCCCAUUUAGAAAUACAUCGGCAGACCAACUACUUAAUAGGAACUCGAGAAGCUCCGACUUGUCGAAGCAAGGUAAUGAAUCGAAUGGCGAUUCCGAAGAUAGUGUUCCAUUGUCUUUAACUGCACAAGACUUGACACUACAGGAAUCCAAAACUUAUAUGAGAUGGUAUAGUGACAUACUAGCACGGACUAAUAGCAGAACCAUAACAAUGAACGAUGUUUACAACUUUUUAAAUAAUUUCAAGAUUUCUCAUGCGGUGAAGGAGAAGAUAAACAAAAUAUUCCAGAAGAUCUUACAAUCCAUAAAUAUAGGAGAGUUCUUUGCAGUUUUGAGACUUAUUAGUCAUGCAAUGAAAGGAGAAGAUCCAAAAAGAAUACUAAUUAAGUAUAAAACACAAGUCCCUAUUCCUACGUCAAUUCUUUCCAAAAAAAGACACAAUGAGGACGACGGGGAUGAUAGUGAUGGUAACUUAGAAAUGGCCGAAGAUAGUAACACGGAGCCCAAAAAGCCUUUAGAUUUAGAUUCAUUUACUCAAUUUAUGCUUACCGGUGAACGGCCUGACGAAAAACCUAAGAAAGGGCGUUCGAAAAAGUUAAAAUCUGUUAAAUUUUCUGAUCAAAUCGUUACGGAUAUACAUGAUGAUUCAUUUGCAAGUCCAAUUGGUUCACCUUCUCCGCAGUCACAAGCUAUUGACUAUUCUUUACCAAUGGACCAAUUAUUGAAUCGAAUGAGAAAUAAUCCUCCAACCCAGCAACUGCAACAACAAGAUGAAGACGAACAGGAAAUAUUAAAAGAUAUGGAAUCUCAAAUAAAUCACUUUAAAAAUUUGCAUUCAGUUGACACUGCUUCGAUAGGAGGAGUUCCGGCUAAUUUAGACUUCCAACCUGGCCAUUCACAACUUUUGAGACCUAACAUGACAGGGCCUGCCCAAAUGUCUCAAUUAUUUAGCCCAUCGCCAGAGACACAAGGGUUAAAGCCAAAUAUGACUGGACCAAAUCAAAUGCAACAAAUGAGGGAAACGAAUGGUCCUUUAUCUCCGUUGAAUCCUAACGUUACAGGACCCAAUGAUAUGGCUAAAAUUUUUGCACCUCAAGCAUCCCAAGAGACACCUCAAAUUACGCUACAGUCAUUUACUGAUCAGAUGACAGGAAAUACGCAAGCUAAUACUUUGGUAAAUUCAACCAGGACAACGACAAAUGGGUCUCCAAUGAGGUCAACAUCUGCAUCACAGGUUGACAGGCCAUUACCACCGCCGCCUGUUCCUGCCGCAAGGAGGUCCAGGUCCGUUUCUUCUCCAAUGCCUUCAGUAUUGUCCUCAAUGCCUCAGGGUGGCCCUAGAGACAACAAUUCGGCAAUAUCCCUGCAUUCAGACUCGCCUUUACCUCAAGUUAAUGGCCACGAGAAGAGUCAACACAAAGUUCCACCUCCGCCACCACCUCCAUCUAGAAGGCGUGCAGCUACAUCAUCACCGCCUCCUCCCCCAUUACCACCAAAAUCUACUAUAUAUAGUAACGAGAAUGACAGCACUGCAAAUAUUUUAGACGAUUUGAAAGCAUUACAGGCUGAGGUUGAUAGAAUCAGGGAUAUGACGGGUGGGUUUUAG